CAUCUCCAACCCCUCCAAGCCUGCGCUAGCUCCCAGGGUGUCCAGAAGGAGGGAGCGCCAGCCAGCCAGCCGGGCACACACACAGUUAAUCCUCUACGGCUGCUGGCUGCUGUUUGGAUAAAAAGCGCUAGGAGCGUUCUAGGCUCCUCGGCAGCUCACAUCUGGCCGGGGUUUGCUCUUUGUAUUUCUCCCGCUUUCUUCCUCUCUUCCUUUGCUUUUGAGAGAAACCACGUUUCCGCUUCUGGCCAAAGAGACCUUGGAAGCUGCUGAGGAGAUAAAGGUGUUGGGACUGCUGUGACUUGCACCGCCCUCUCUUCCUCACCCUUAAGCCCCCCCCUCGACUUUUUUCUCCCUCGGGCUCUCUCUCUCUCUCUCUCUCUCUCUCUCUCUCUCUCUCUCUCUCUCUCCUUUGACGUGUCUGCGCUUCCCCUCUGACCUGGCCUAGAAAAGACUCAGCCCCUGAGAGAUGCUCUAAAAGUCAGCGCCCCAGAGCCCUGAGAGGCGGGAGGAUUCGGUUGGCACAGCCGGCUCAGCUGGACGGAGCAGAAAGAUGGGCUCCUAUGGACGGGGAUUCACGCUGGGAUGCUGCUUGCUGCUGGCCGUUGCCUGGGGCCCAGCCCUGAGUCUUGUGCCCCGUGGUCAGCAGGAACAGCUGGAGUGGGAAGAGAAAGAGGAGCUGCCACCUCCUCUGGACCAUGAGAAGAGGGAAGAAGAAACACAUGAGAAGCAUACCCCCAGCCAGGGCAAAGACCUCCCCACGUCCAGGUGCUACCGAUGCUGUGACCCCGGCAUGCCUGUCUACCAGACAAUCCCACCACCCCAAAUCAACAUCACCAUCCUGAAAGGUGAGAAAGGUGACCGAGGGGAUCGAGGCCUCCAGGGGAAAUAUGGUAAAACAGGCUCUACGGGUGCCAGGGGCCAUAUUGGCCCCAAAGGGCAGAAGGGGUCCAUGGGGGCUCCUGGAGACCGCUGCAAGAGCCAUUACGCAGCCUUCUCCGUGGGCCGGAAGAAGCCCCUGCACAGUAACGACUACUUCCAGCCCGUGGUCUUUGACACGCAGUUUGUGAACCUCUAUGAACACUUCAAUAUGUUCACGGGCAAGUUCUACUGCUACGUGCCAGGCAUCUACUUCUUCAGCCUUAACGUGCACACUUGGAACCAGAAGGAGACAUACCUGCACAUCAUGAAGAACGAGGAGGAGGUGGUGAUCCUGUAUGCGCAGGUGAGCGACCGGAGCAUCAUGCAAAGCCAGAGCCUGAUGCUGGAUCUGCGGGAGCAGGAUGAGGUGUGGGUGCGGCUCUUCAAGGGUGAGCGUGAGAACGCCAUCUUCAGCGAUGAGUUCGACACCUACAUCACCUUCAGUGGCUACCUGGUCAAGCCGGCCUUCGAGCCCUAGCCGCCACCCUCUGCCACGGGACUGUCCCAGACUGAUGACCUCCUCGCCUGUCACCCCUGCCCAUCCCUGCAUUCCGUGGACACUGGAGUCCUGCCCCAGGCUGACCCCAUCGCUUCUCCUCUCAGUCCUGGCCUCUUUGGCCUCGGUUUUCUCAGUUUUGUUUUUUUUGACAAGAUGCCCAUGGCCGCUGGGAAGCCCAAAGGGCCGUGUGAUCCCAGGUCUGGCUGCUGCUCUCCGUAGAGAGCUGCCGGCAGAUGAAAUCAUUGGGCGGGGUGCCUGUGAGGACGUUGGGGGACCUCCAGCUCCUUCUGUGUACAAAGCCUUAGACGACCCUGUGGUGUGCUGCCUUGUGGCCACAGGGUGUUCCAGAGCACAGCCCCUGUGUGUUCCCAUCCCUGGACGUAAUUAAGCAAAUGCCACGGGUUUCAAAGCAACAAAGUAAAACAGAGAAGAGACAGGAAAACGGUGUUAGUUUUGGCCUUUCAGCCAGCUGGCAGAGAGAGAGAGAGAGAGAGAGAGAGAGAGAGAGAGAGAGAG